AUGGAGAGUCUUCACCUGGAUAUCACUAACAAAAUUCUGUCUCACGUACACCCGGAUUCAGUUUUGAGCUGUAAACUAGUUUGCAAAACAUGGCAAGCUCUUCUCUCUCGUUUCAAAGUAGGUCUCCUCAUUGCGAUUUCGCGGUUAGAGGAGAAGAAAGACAACAACUCUGUUCAACUCUAUUAUGCUGAUUACGACCAACUCAAUAAGGAUAACGAUCAAUUUUCUUACUCGGCACUUCCUAAAAUCAAUCAUCCUCCAAUCGACAUGGUCGAAGACCACUCACCUUGCAUGGUUGGAUCGUGCAACGGGUUGGUCUGUAUUUCUAUACCAGGACCUGAUAGUCAUUGUCAUAAUGAUCCUACCUACAUAUGCAAUCCUAUGACCGGGGAAUACGUUAAUCUUCGGGCAUUAGAUCCUAAACUGGGUCGACAGUGUCAAAUUGGGAGCGGAUUUGGCUACCUUUCUAAAACAAACGAGUAUAAGGUUGUCCGAAUCCACUACCCCUUGGAUUUUACGAAACCCAACUGGUUCACCCAUGGAUGCGUCCAAGUUUAUACACUUGGUGGUAGUGGUGGCGGUGAGUGGAGAAACGUCGGAAAUAUCACCCACUUGUUCAGUUUUCCCGGAGUGGCGGGAAAUGGAGUGAUUUACUUUAUAGAAGACUUUGAAAAUAGGCUAGUGAUAUUCGAUAUGGCAGAUGAAGUGUUUCGAGUUCCUCCUAUACAACCACCUUGUUUAGUUCCCAGGGAUCUGAAAUGCUCUUAUAGUGUCAAUGUAUUGGGAGGCUAUCUUUAUGUUAUUCAUGAAAACACUUGUGAAAGUGUAGACUUGUGGUCAUAUAAAAAGAAUGAUGACAACGGAAGUGAAACACCCUGGAAGUGGAGGAAAGAGUUUAGUAUACCAUGGCAAGGCCUGAGCGAUACUGAUAUUUAUGAGCCUUUUUCUUUAACAAGAAACAAUCAAGUUUUAUUUUAG